CCGCAGAGCCCACACCCGCAGAGCCCCUCCCGCUUGCUUGGAGGUCAUUCCUUUCUGUACCGCGACGCCCGCGCCCGCAUUGCCCGCAAUUGCGCCCCCCAGCACCAUGCAGCGCAUGCAACGCCUCACCGGGCGCUUCCUGCCGCGGACGCCCAACGAGGCCGACAUCGAGGCCAUGCUGCGCGACUUCAAGGACGCCGAGGUCAUGCUGACAAAGCUCGAAGAGUCGUCCAAGCAGUGGCGCGAUGCCUGGACCAACAUCCUCAACCACCAGCUGGCCACCAUCGAGCAGCUGUACACCAUCUUCAAGCCAUUGGGCGCCGAAAAGGCCGGGCUCAGCUCGCAUGUCGCCGUCGAGACGCCCCAGCCGACUCUGGAGCGCGUCGCGGCGCUGCAGGAGGCCUUCGCCGAGCUCAAGACGGACAUGAUGGAGGAGGUCAAGGACAUCGACAAGAAGCUGAUCAUCCCGGCCAAGCUGGCCAAGGACGCGCUGAAGCCCAUGCACAAGACGAUGAAGAAGCGCGAGGACGCCAAGGUCGACUACGAGCGCUACAAGAGCCGCUGCGACGCCCUGCAGAAGAAGAAGACACGCACCGACCGCGAGAACGUCGCCCUGAACAAGCACGAGGCCGACCUCGAGCGCUCGCAGGCCGCCUACUGGAGCGCCGACGAGUCCCUGCGCAACUCGCUGCCGCGCCUCAACGAGGCCACCUUCUCCAUCCUGCCCCACCUGCUCGCCAACCAGAUCGUGCUGCAGAACAACCUGAUUGGCAACCUGUACACGGUGCUGCACCAGUACUCACACGAGCAGGGCUACCCCGACCCGCCGCCAGAGCCCGAAGAGGUCAUCCCUGAGUGGGAGGGCUCCUUCACGCCGCUGCGCAAGGAGAUGGAGACGGAGUUCACGCUCAUUCGCACGGGCAAGGCGGUGCACCAGCCCAUGCGCCUGCCCGAUAAGGGGGAUACCUUGACAGGGCUGGGCAUCAGAAACAAGGUCCUCCCUGGCCGCCGCGCCAGCAGCGACAUCACGCCCACCGUCGCGGGCGGCCGAGUCUCGAAACCUUCGACCACACUGACAUCGCCCGACGAGGACGGCCCGCCCCCGCCGGCCUACAACCUGGCCAGCAAACCCUCCAUCCAGUCCCUCAACGCCUCGAAACCCAAAAUCUCCAGCUCGAGCUCGCCCAUGCUCACUCCCUCCAACGGCGACCACUUCGGGCGGCGCGCCUCCUCCACCUCGUACACCUCCACCUACUCCAACGGCACCACCCCCGGCGCCGAGUCCAGCAACCCCAACCGCGAUUACUUCGGCAAAAUCCCCUCUCGCUCCUCUACCGCUUCUGCCCCGGCCUACACACCCGCCGGCACACCCAACCCCGCCGCCGGCAAAAAGAAACCCCCGCCACCCCCGCCUCCGAAGAAAAUCGGCUCCUUCCAAGCACAAUACGUCACGGCCAUGUACGACUUCGAUUCCCACACCGCGGGUGAUCUGUCGUUUCGCGAGGGCGACCGCAUAAAGGUUGUGCGCAAGACAGAGAGCUCGCAGGAUUGGUGGGAGGGCGAGGUUAAUGGACAGAAGGGGAGCUUUCCCGCAAAUUACUGUAAAUAGGAGACAUUUAAUGGGGGUGGUAGAAAAUUAGGGCGAAUGCAUUAGAGGACCGGCGUUUUGUGCAAUGCAGGGUUUCUUGUUCAAGACGCUGUGGUGAUGCGUGGAGUGAAUCCGCACGUGAUCGUGAACCGGCUAUUUUUGGCUCUUGGGUGUCGCUCGGCUAGCGCCCGCGGUGUGUGGGGUUGGCGCAGGACAGCUGAACUCCACUGCUUCGCCUUGCCAGUCGAUGAUACUCACCCAUCGUUCAGCAGCA